AUGGCCACUGAAUACUCAAAGCAGGACAAGGAGUUCGACACUGCCACUCAGGAGAAGCUCGAUGCUUGGGGAAAGGAAUUGACUCAGGCUGACGCUGUGCUCUUGCGCCAGCGAGAGAAGCUCUACAAGCCACUCUGGGAGAAGAGGGACGAGGUUCUCAGCAAGAUCGAUGGCUUCUGGCCUCAGGCUAUUGCCAACCACGAGGGCUUUGCUGCCUACUUUGACGACGUCGACCACCCUCUGAUCGCCAAGCUCAAGGGCAUCAAGAUCCACCGCGACACCGAAGACCCCCGAGCCACCAAAAUCGAGUUCAUCUUCGAUGACAAUGAGUACCUGUCUGAGAACAGCCUGGUGAAGGAGUUCCAGAUCAAAUCUGACUCGAAGGACCUGGGUGACUCCGAAUUCGACUGGGCCGAUGACCUCAAGCCCAUCAAGACCGAGAUCAAGUGGAAGAGUGACGAGAAGAACCUGUGCAAGCUCAAGCCAACCAGCUACGAGGACGAGGAGACCUUCACUCCCGGCUCCUUCUUCUCCUCCUUCUUCGACUGCACUCACCCCGAGAUUGCCAAUGGCAUUGGUCAGCUCAUCGCCGAGAGCUUCUACCCUAUGGCUGUCGACUGGUACACCGGUGAUGCCGUGGACGAUGACGACUUCGACUUCGAUGACGAGUCCUUCUCCGAUGAGGAUGACAGCGAGGAGGAGUCGGAGGACGAUGACGCUGCUGAGAUUGACCUGGAGGAGAAGGACGAGAAGCCCGCCAAGAGGGCCAGGACUGAGCAAUAGAGGGUGGAUGUGAAAGCCACAUGACGGGAGUUUCAGAUCAGUAGC